AUGGCGGACAGACUUACUGGAUUGCAGGCUUUUCAUCAUUAUUUGUUUGGACCUAAAUUGCACUAUAUUUAUGGUACUAAAGAUAAAAAGGGUAACAAGUAUCACGGUAAUGCGAUUGAGCGUCACUGCAACAGGCUAUUAAGAUUGAUAUCCUUUGUAACAAAUUUAGUCUAUUAUAACUUGCCCUUCAUUGGCAUUUACCUAUAUCGAAACGACUACACUAUUCAUCAAGUACUAGUACCGAUUUUGAGUAAACAAGCUUUAGGAUCAAUUGGCACCUUAUUAACAUCGCUAUACUUAUUAAGAGGCCUAGCACGUUAUAACGAUAAUGAGUACAGCAAAUUUAUCAAAAUCUUGAGAGAAUCGGAGAAGAGUGAACCAAGUUCAAGAGCUAGGAAUAUGCUUGCUCAAUACGACUUUGACUUUAAAGCAUGGCCUGUUGACUAUUAUAAGCCUGACUGUAAAACUGGUGCUCAAACGAAAUUAACUCCAGAAUCGUGCAGUAAUAAAAAUGGUAGUCGUAAUCCAGGUUCUGUAGUAAACAACUAUCCUAUUGAAAUUACGAAGUAUUGUUUAGCUCAUUUAUUCGGUCGAAGGGCAGUUUUUCCUGGGUCUACGUCUUUUCUUCAAGCAGUCAUAGGGGAAUAUCUUGAUGAGGGACGUCGAAAGCUCGUUGAAGAGUUUGGUGGUAAAAGAGCUAAACUUCGAACGGCUGACAGUAAUAAUCUUGACUCUGUAUUUGUGGAUAGACGAAAUAGUAUUGAAGAGAAUGGUGAAAUCUUGGUUAUUUGCUCGGAAGGUAAUGCAGGAUAUUACGAAGUUGGUUGCAUGGAAACACCUUUAGCAUGUGGAUAUUCCGUUUUGGGAUGGAACCACCCUGGGUUUGCCAAUAGUUCGGGCUUGCCGUUUCCCAAAUCUGAAAAAUUAGCUAUUGAUGCUGUAAUUUCUUACGCUGUGUCAUCACUAAAGUUUGAGAUAAAAAACAUUGUAUUAUAUUCGUGGUCGAUAGGAGGUUAUUGUGCUUCUGCAGGCGCUAUGUUAUACCCGAAUGUAAAAGCAGUUAUCUUAGACGCCAGCUUUGAUCAUUUGAUUCCAUUAGCAGUCGACAGAAUGCCCGAAAGUCUCUUAUCCCUCUCAACCAGACCUGGGGACAUUCGAACAAAUAGAGGAAACGACUUAGCCAUACAAUUGCUAAUGUCGAGGUAUCCCUAUUUGUUUGAUGAUGAGAGCAUGCCAAUUAUUCGUGCCUGGCUCUCGGCUGAUGACAAAGAAGGCAGAAGAGCUGUAUGGGAUAGUCUUAAUUUUGAGAAGGAUAUCCGUGCUGAGACUUACAUGGAUCAGUACGUAAUUAAACAUGGAAUUCAAUUUCCGAUGGAAAUAGGAAAAGAUUUGGAGUUUGGAUCAAAAAUUCAAAUACUUUUAUUUUUAGUUACGAAAUAUGUCAUUGAUUUUGAAGCAGUACAUUGUCAGCCGCUUCCACCAACACACUUUCAACUACCUUGGUUUCAUGAACCAUAA